AUGUACCACGCGCCAGGCACCAGCGUUUUCUACGGCCGCCGCCUGUGGCUCCCGCCGACACCGGUCGCGCACCAGCAGCAGCAGCACCAAGCGUUGUCGCCCGUGAUGGAGCGGCAUACGAUUCGCGUGCAGCUCACCACGCGGGAUCCCUCGUUGGACCCCGAGUGCGACGUGCGGGGGGAACACUUUCCCUUCUCCUUCUUUGCGCAGCGCGUUGUAGAUGGCGCUAUUGCUGGUGGUGGUAGUGGCGUCACAUCGUCACCGCGGAAUGGCGUUGACGGCGCUGGGGAGGAGGUGGAGGAGCGUGGCCUGUACGAGCAGAGCGUUGAGGUGCGUGCGGACUUUGUGGACGGAGAGUUGGUCAUUGACAACGUGGUGUUUCACGGCACCUUCAAGCUGCAGCCGCCGUCACCGCCACCACCACCACCAACAGCNAGUUGGUCAUUGACAACGUGGUGUUUCACGGCACCUUCAAGCUGCAGCCGCCGUCACCGCCACCACCACCACCAACAGCAGCAGCAGCGGAAGGUGCGAGUGGCAGCAGCAACAACAGUGCACCAGAAGCCACGGGUGACGCUGAUGCUGUUGCUGUUCCCGCGAGUGAAGUGCGGUACAACAACAUCUUUGGCGGCUAUCCGGGGCCGAACCUUGACGAGGCGGAGGAGGAGGUGCUCGACGGCAUCCAGGCGUGGCUCGCGGAGCGCUGCAUCGACGACCAGUUCGGCGAGUUCGUGGGGCAGUACUCGGUGUGGGUGGAGCAGAUGGAGUACGAGCGGUGGCUGCGGCAGCUGCGGGACUUUGUGGCCGCGUGAAGGCAGCAGCCGUGGUCAAAGGGAGACGAGGAGGGCUAUUUGGGGGGAGGGGGAGGCGUUGAUGCAGACAGCAUGGCACGGCGCCGUUGCUACUCUCUCUCUCUCUGUGCGUGUGUGGGUGACCAGUUGGAUUGCCGGCAUGAGUAAUGUGGCCAUUUACGCCACGCACAAAACUAUAUCUACAUGGAGUCUGGGCUGUGCUGCGAAAGGGGGCGGGGGCCGGUACACCACCCGUCUCUUUCCCUCCUCGAAACUCUCUCUCUCUCUCUCUCCUACUCCUUCUCUAUUUGCCUGUGUGGGUUGA